AGAUUUCAAGUUGAAAUUAUUUGUUUACUUCUUGUGAUUGAGUUUUUUUGUUGUUUAAAUGAUUAAUUUGUUUGAUUAAUUGUCUGGUUAUUAUUGUUGUUUUUUUUUAUGGUAACAAUAUGGAUUUAGAUCUGUUUGAUGUGUUUGAUCAAGAUGAACCUGUGGAAGAUUCAAGUUCAUCGGGAAGGAAACGUAAACCUGAAGUUGAUGAAGUGAUUGAGAAAAAAUCAAAGCAAGAAGAUGUUAAAGAAAUUGUUACAAUUGAUGGUGAAGAAGAUAAAGUUAAAUCGAUUGAUUUGGAAUCGGUUAAAGAUGUAAAAAGUGAAAAAAGUGAACCAAAAAAGGAAGACGAUGAUGAUGACGACGCCAUUAUUGUUGAUGAUCCAAUUGAACCUUUAGAUGAAGAUAGUGUGGAGCCUAUUGAAGAUCCUUUAAGAUUGGAUAAUUUGAUUGCUAAAGUUUCAAUUCACCAAUUAGAUGCUGAAGGUGGAUGUUUACAUGAGGUUGUUUGCCCAGUUGAUUUGGAAUAUGUUCCAUUGCGAGAUCCACAAGACAAUGAAGGCUAUAAACCCGCGAAAGAAUAUGAAUUUGUUCUUGAUUCUUUUCAGAAAAAAGCUGUUCUUUGUAUCGAAAACAAUCAAAGUGUUUUGGUUUCCGCUCACACAUCAGCGGGUAAAACGGUUGUCGCUGAAUAUGCCAUAGCUAAAUCACUUCGUGAUAAACAACGAGUCAUUUAUACUACACCAAUUAAAGCUCUGAGUAAUCAAAAGUAUCGAGAAUUUUUCGAGGAAUUUCGAGAUGUUGGUCUAAUCACCGGAGAUGUUACCAUUAACCCAUCGGCAUCUUGUCUCAUCAUGACAACGGAGAUUUUACGUCUCAUGUUAUUCCGUGGAAGUGAAAUCAUGAGAGAAGUUGGUUGGGUAAUUUUCGAUGAAAUUCAUUACAUGAGGGAUAAAGAAAGAGGUGUUGUUUGGGAAGAAACAAUUAUCCUUUUACCAGAUAAUGUUCAUCACGUUUUCCUUUCAGCGACAAUUCCAAAUGCUCGACAAUUUGCCGAAUGGAUAACUCACCUUCACCAUCAACCCUGUCAUGUUGUUUAUACCGAUUUUCGACCUGUUCCCCUUCAACAUUACAUUCCCGCUGGAGGUGAAGGUCUUCACCUUGUUGUCGAUGAUCAAGGUACAUUUAAAGAAGACAAUUUCAAUCAGGCCAUGAGCGUUAUCCAGAAAGCGGGUGAUGCGGCCAAAGGAGAUUCAUUCAGAACAAAGAAAGGUGGAGUUAAAGAACAAUCAAAUUGUUUCAAAGUUGUUCGAACCAUCAUGGAAAGACAAUUAGCUCCAGUUAUCGUUUUUAGCUUCAGCAAGAAAGAGUGUGAAGCUUAUGCUAUUCAAAUGUGUAAACUUGACUUUAAUACGCAACAAGAGAAAGAUAUGGUUGAGGAAGUUUUCAAAAACGCCAUUGAGAUUCUUAGUGAUGAAGAUAAGAAAUUACCACAGAUUCAACAUGUUCUUCCACUUCUUAAAAGAGGAAUUGGUAUCCAUCAUAGUGGAUUAUUACCACUGAUUAAGGAGACAAUUGAGAUACUUUUUGGUGAAGGUUUAAUUAAAGCUUUAUUUGCAACGGAAACAUUUGCCAUGGGUCUUAAUAUGCCUGCUCGAACUGUUGUUUUUACCAAUGCUCGUAAAUUUGAUGGACGAGAUUUCCGUUGGAUAACAUCGGGUGAAUAUAUUCAAAUGAGUGGACGAGCAGGUAGACGUGGUAUUGAUGACAAGGGUAUUGUUAUCUUGAUGAUAGAUGAAAAAAUGAGCCCAUCAGUGGGUCGUGAUUUAAUUAAGGGUAAACCUGAUGCAAUUAACUCUGCUUUCCAUCUAACCUACAAUAUGGUUUUAAAUUUGCUUCGAGUGGAAGAUGUUAAUCCCGAAUACAUGUUACAACACAGUUUCUAUCAAUUUCAACACUACGCUGAAGUCCCAAAUCUAUUAGAAAAACUCAAAGAUUUAGAGCAACAAUAUUCCGAGUUGACAAUCAAGGAUGAAGAAAUUGUUACCAAUUAUUUCAAAAUUAAGAAUCAUCUUUCUAAUCUCAAUGAUAGAUUUUUGGAAACAAUUAGACAACCAGGUUACUUGGUUCCUUUCCUUCAGCCUGGACGUUUGAUGAAACUCAUCUCCGAUGAUGGUGUUGAACUUGGUUGGGGUGCGAUUGUUGAUUUCCAAAAAAAGAUGAACAGAAAACGUAAUCCAAUUCUUGAUGAAACUGCGAUCUAUUCAAUUGACUGUAUCAUCAAUAUCGAUAAAGUUCACGAACGAGCUGGCCAACUUCGACCCCCAAACAAACCAAAUGAUGGAGAGAUGCGAGUUGUCUCUGUGAUGUUGAAAAAUAUAAUCGCUAUCAGUUCAGUUCGUAUUUUCAUUCCUGCCGAUAUUAAAGCUUAUGAUGCUCGUCAAUCUGUUAAAAAGUCAAUUACUACAGUAAUCAAACAAUUUGGUGAUGAUGUUCCUCUUUUGGAUCCCGUUAAAGAUAUGAAGAUAAAUUUUAAAGAAUUUAAAUCACUGACGAGUAAAAUGGAAACCGACAAGAAACGCUUGAAACAAUGUAGCUCAAUAUCGGAUUCCCAGAAAGCCGCUUAUGAGAAUAAAAAAACGAUCGCAGAUAAAAUUAAAGCAGUUAAAUCUGAAUUACGAAAAGCUCAAAGUCUCCUACAAAUGGACGAGCUUAAAUGUCGUAAACGGGUUUUACGUCGGUUGGGCUAUUGUACGACCGCCGAUGUUAUCGAGAUUAAAGGUAGAGUGGCCUGUGAAAUAACCAGUGGAGAUGAACUUUUGAUUACCGAAAUGUUAUUCAAUGGACUUUUCAAUGAUCUUAAUCCUUACCAGAUCAAUGCUCUUCUUAGCUGUUUUGUUUUCGAGGAGAAAACUGAAUCAAUGCCCAAACUGACCGAUGAAUUAUCUAAACCACUUCGACAAAUGCAAGAACUGGCCAAACGUAUCGCCACAGUUUCCAAAGAAGCUAAACUAGAAAUCGACGAGGAAGCUUAUAUUAGCUCAUUUAAGCCCAAUUUAAUGGACGUAAUUUAUGCCUGGUCAAAAGGAGCAACUUUCGCCCAAUUGUGUAAAAUGACCGAUGCUUUUGAAGGGUCAAUAAUCCGAUGUAUGAGACGAUUAGAGGAGUUACUCCGUCAAAUGUUUCAAGCGGCAAAAGUGAUCGGUAACACUGAUUUGGAAAACAAAUUCUCCGAGGCCGAUAAACUGAUUAAACGUGACAUUGGUUUUGCUGCAAGUUUAUAUCUCUAAUAAUCCAAUCGUUUUUUUUUACCAUCAAUACAAAUCAUUUCAUAUUUGAUUGUUGUAAAUCACCACUUUCAACACCAUCAAAUUCAUUCAUAUAAAUCAACUAAUCACUCAAAAACAGUAAAAAAAAGUCAACUCAUUGAUGAUAA